AUGUUGACUAAAUUCAUAUUGAUUUUUGUAUCUGUAUUCAUAGGGAUUGUGACAUUAGACAGUUGUCAAGGUCAAAGAGAUGCACCGAGGUAUUUCCAUAAAACCAACACUACUAUUAAACACCCAACUACUCAUGAUGUGCAAACGAGGACUCACCACACCGCAACAACAACAGCAGCAGCAGCAGCAAAAACAACUGCAAGGCAUUACCAUGUGACCUCAACUCCAAGAUAUUACACUACACCGAGGACUGCACUACACACUGUUCAUCCCACACGAAAAACGACUCACCACACCGCAACAACAACAGCAGCAGCAGCAGCAAAAACAACUGCAAGAUAUUACACUACACCGAGGACUGCACUACACUCUACUCAUCCCACACGAAAAACGACUCACCACACCGCAACAACAACAGCAGCAGCAGCAGCAAAAACAACUGCAAGGCAUUACCAUGUGACCUCAACUCCAAGCCACACUACUAAAGCGGUACAAAAGAAAUGUUUAAAGAAAAUGAAACCAAACGAUUUGAUGAACUUAAUACUUGGCUUGAUUCCUCGAAUCUGAUUACUAAUCAAAAACAAUUGAAUUCGCAGAAAACGAAAAUCUUCAAAAGCUUGCAGAACUUUUCGAGGAAUUAUUCAAACAUUAAAUGAAUGUACAACGCUCUUUUUUAACGAAAAUACCAGUUAAAGCGAAAUUUUCUUAAUACACUAUCAAUUCAUCAUUCAAUAAUUUGUUUUUGAUAAUGAUAAUAAUAAUUCAC